GCGCCCGCUCCCCGCGCCGCCGCGCUCCUCGCCCCGCGCCUGCCCCCAGGAUGGUCCGUCCCAGGCACCAGCCCGGCGGGCUCUGCCUCCUGCUGCUGCUGCUCUGCCAGUUCAUGGAGGACCGCAGUGCCCAGGCUGGGAACUGCUGGCUCCGCCAAGCAAAGAACGGCCGCUGCCAGGUCCUGUACAAGACAGAAUUGACCAAGGAGGAGUGCUGCAGCACCGGCCGCCUGAGCACCUCAUGGACCGAAGAGGACGUAAAUGACAACACGCUCUUCAAGUGGAUGAUUUUCAAUGGGGGCGCCCCCAACUGCAUCCCCUGUAAAGAAACGUGUGAGAACGUGGACUGUGGGCCCGGGAAAAAAUGCCGAAUGAACAAGAAGAACAAACCCCGCUGCGUCUGCGCCCCAGAUUGUUCUAACAUCACCUGGAAAGGCCCAGUCUGUGGGCUGGACGGAAAAACCUACCGCAACGAAUGUGCACUCCUCAAGGCCAGAUGUAAAGAGCAGCCAGAACUGGAAGUCCAGUACCAGGGCAAAUGUAAAAAGACCUGUCGGGAUGUUUUCUGUCCAGGCAGCUCCACAUGCGUGGUGGACCAGACUAAUAAUGCCUACUGUGUGACAUGUAACCGCAUUUGCCCAGAGCCCACCUCCUCUGAACAGUAUCUCUGUGGGAAUGAUGGAGUAACCUACUCCAGUGCCUGUCACCUGAGAAAGGCUACCUGCCUACUGGGCAGGUCUAUUGGAUUGGCCUAUGAGGGAAAGUGUAUCAAAGCAAAGUCCUGUGAGGAUAUCCAGUGCACUGGUGGAAAAAAGUGUUUAUGGGAUUUCAAGGUUGGCAGAGGCCGGUGUUCCCUCUGCGAUGAGCUGUGCCCUGAGAGUAAGUCUGAGGAGCCAGUCUGUGCCAGUGACAAUGCCACCUACGCCAGCGAGUGUGCCAUGAAGGAAGCGGCCUGCUCCUCAGGCGUGCUGCUGGAAGUGAAGCACUCCGGAUCUUGCAACUGAAUCUGCCUGUAAAACCUGAGCCAUUGAUUCUUCAGAACUUUCUGCAGUUUUUGACUUCAUAGAUAAUGGUUUUUUUUUUUAAGUUUUUUUUUUAAACUUAUUGCAUAACAGCAGA